UUUCGAAGAGAAUCGCCGCGGACCUGGACAGCAAGAACCAAAACCGCCCAUCAUGUACACCGCCUCAUUCGCCUUCUUCGAGGCACUAUGGGAUGCCGGCGUAACUCACGUCUUCGUAAACCUCGGCAGCGACCACCCCUCCAUCCUCGAAGCAAUCGUCAAAGGCCAACGCGAAACCCCCCACAAAUUCCCCAAAAUUCUCACCUGCCCCAACGAAAUGGUCGCCAUGUCUCUCGCCGACGGUUUCGCCCGGCUCACCAACCGUCCACAAGCCGUCAUCGUGCACGUUGACGUCGGCACCCAGGGUCUCGGAGCGGCGGUGCACAAUGCAUCUUGUGGACGGGCGCCGGUGUUGAUUUUCGCGGGACUGAGUCCGGUGACGUGUGAAGGGGAGCUGAGGGGUAGUCGUACGGAGUAUAUCCAUUGGAUUCAGGAUGUGCCGGAUCAGAGGCAGAUUGUGGGGCAGUAUUGUCGGUAUAGUGGGGAGAUUAAGAGGGGGGUAAAUGUUAAGCAAUUGGUCAAUCGUGCGUUGUCCUUUGCUACGUCGGAACCGAGAGGACCGGUCUAUUUGCUUGGAUCUCGGGAGGCUAUGGAAGAGGAGAUCGAGCCUUACUCCAUCAACCAAGCACAUUGGACGUCAGUCACCCUUGGCGGACUCACGCCACCGCAAGUCUCCCUCAUCGCCGACGCUUUGAUCGAAGCUGAACGGCCUCUUCUCAUCACCGGCUACUCAGGCCGCAACCACUCCGUCCCCGCCGCACUCGUCGACCUCGCAACGGCAGUCCCAGGUCUCCGCGUCCUCGACACCGGCGGCUCAGACAUGUGCUUCCCCUCCAACCACCCCGCCUGGCUCGGUCUCCGCUACGGCGUGCACGAAGCAAUCCCCAAAGCCGACGUCAUCCUCGUCCUCGACUGCGACGUCCCCUGGAUUCCAACCCAAUGCGCCCCCUCCCCCACCGCCAAAAUCUACCACCUCGACGUCGACGCCCUAAAACAGCAAAUGCCAGUCUUCUACAUCCCCGCCCUUGCCCGCUUCCGCGUCGACGCUUUCACCGCCAUCUCCCAACUCGCAACCUACACCACCUCCACUUACUCCACCCGCGUGCAAUCGGCACCUUACACCGACCGCGCCGCCGCUCUUCAAGAAUCUCACAAAUCCGCCAUAACCCACCUGCAAUCCCUCGCCGUCCCGGAACCCGACAACACCUUCCAAACCUCCUACCUCGCCUCCCGUCUCCGCGCUCUCUUACCAGAAGACACAAUCUUCGCCAUCGAAGCCGUGACCAACGCUCCCUCCAUCCACGACCAACUCCGUCCCCACCUCCCCGGAACCUGGAUCAAUUGCGGCGGCGGCGGACUAGGCUGGUCCGGAGGCGGCGCUCUUGGAAUAAAACUCGCCGCCGAUGAAGUCGCCGGCGGGAAGGGUAAGGGGAAAUUCGUUUGCCAAAUCGUCGGCGACGGGACGUUCCUGUUCAGCGUUCCUGGUUCGGUAUACUGGAUUGCGGAACGGUAUAAGAUCCCGAUAUUGACGAUUGUGCUGAACAACCAAGGUUGGAAUGCUCCGAGAAAGUCCCUGCUACUCGUCCAUCCAGAAGGGUUAGGGUCUAAGGUGGACAACGAGGAGUUGAACAUCAGUUUUGCGCCGACGCCGGAUUAUGCGGGGAUUGCGAGGGCGGCGAGUGGAGGGAAGUGUUGGGCGGGACGGGCGGCGGACGUGGAGGGAUUGGAAGUGAAGUUGAAGGAGGCGAUUGAGGUUGUCAAGGGAGGGAGGACGGCGGUGUUGGAUGCGCAGUUGGGGGGGACGGUGGGGAAGUAUCAGGGGGAGUAG